UAGCAGUCACGUGCUCUUAAUAUUAAUUGUAGAGUUGGGAUUGGAUUAUUGUGCUUAUUGAUAUAAAGCAGAAAGAAACUAAAUAUAAGAUCUAUUCUUCUCUGGACAUGAUUGUAGAUCUAUCUAAAAAAUCUUUUGGUGUUGUUAGAACCAUGUCGGGGGAUGAUAACAGCAUCGACGGCAGAGAAAGUGUUGCAAGUUCUGGCGGUGAGCGUCCGGUGGACCGGAGCCUGGACUCGGACGGCAACGUGAGCGAGGGUGGCGGAGAACACGUGGGGGAGGAAGGCCUGGGCAAGCUAGAGGUGGGCGAGCGGCAGCUGUACGAGAAACUUCGCCACCAGGAGAAGGACGAACGCUUCGAGAUUGAAAGAGAGCUUAAGAGACAGACGGACGUACGUAUGAGGGACUUCCGCUCCAGCACAGAGGACCUGGGACAGGACCUCAGAGUGCACAAAAGUGACAGAGAAAAACUUGAGAAAUUAGAACGUGAACGAGAGGAUUACAAGACAUUGCGUGAAAAUGUUCUUAAGGGUUACACCUCACCCGCAAUAAAUAUUUACAAUCAUCCAGCGUACCUGGCGGCAAUGGCCUCCGCGACGGCCGGCUACCCGCGCUCCCAGACCCCCGAGAGCACAACAUCCACUACCCCACCCCUCGGGGAUGGACCCUCACACCACUGGACAUUCGAGGAACAGUUCAAACAGCUCUAUGAAAUCAGCGACGAUCCCAAGAGGAAGGAGUUUCUUGAUGAUCUCUUCCAGUUCAUGCAGAAAAGAGGCUCUCCUGUGAACCGGAUCCCAAUCAUGGCGAAGCAAACGCUGGACCUUUACGAGUUGUUUAAGCUUGUGGUGUCUAAGGGCGGCCUGGUGGAGGUCAUCAACAAGAAGUUGUGGCGGGAAAUCACCAAGGGUCUCAACCUUCCAUCCUCCAUCACUAGCGCAGCGUUUACACUGCGGACACAGUACAUGAAGUAUCUGUACCCGUACGAGUGUGAGAAGCUCCACCUGAGCACACCCCAGGAGCUGCAGGCUGCCAUCGACGGCAACCGGCGAGAGGGACGGCGGUCUGGGUACGGGUACGACCUGUCUCCCGGCCCCACCCUCAUCCCAACCUCACACCCACACCCACACUUUAACGGACUCAUGAAUGGCAAGUUCAACGGCACUAAUGCAGACCGAAGAUCACCAAUUUCAAGUUUGCGACAGUUUUGGCAAAUGCAAGCACAACAGCAACUGUGUGCCGAGGAGGAGAGCCUGCCACCAACACCCACACACCGUUCGCUGUCCGAGCGGUUCGCGGAGAGGGAUGCCCUAGCCAUGGAAGCCGCCUCGCGCGCCAUGGAAGAGGCCACACGUAAGAUGGAGGAGGCAUCCCGCGCAGCCGCACUCGCUGCGGAGGAGCCGCCCAGGAAACGACUCAUGACCGAGGAGGACAGAAUAAUGGCACACCCCGGCAUGCCCAGCGCGCAUCUGAAAAUAACCAGUCGAAACGACGGACGAACAGAGAUCGACAACUCUCUCGUGAUAUCCAUGGAAAUUAACGGCAUUAUGUACCAGGGGGUGCUGUUCGCGCACCAGGCCACGCGGCGGAUGUGAGCCACCCCGACGAGCGGACGUCGGGAACUUUGCUCUGUGUCUUGUCUGUGGAUACUGCCGUUUGUCGGCAUUGCAGGCUCCUGAUUUCUCAGACACAAAAUUAAAGGUGGUGUGUACCUCAAAUUAGUCGAACACCUAAGGUGGUUCGUGUCGCUAACGUUAGAAAACGUGGCCAUGACGUGCUCCGCGUGAAAGUGCUAUUGUUGACUAGAAGGUCGGAACACUGCAAAAAUGGUCGUUUGGGAGUGUGUCCAUUUAGUCUGCAAACUGUCGAAGAACAAUCCAACAUUAAGAGCUUCAGUUCUGUUACUUCUUUCAACAAAGACAAAAAUAGUGGCAUUGUUAUAUUGAACAGUGCUGAUUAUUAAAUUUAUGUAGAAUGGCUAUUUUCUUAAUUGAAUUAACAUUGAAAUGAAUACGUUGUUUUAAGUUCAACUAUUGAUGGCGAUCAUGUUGUUACCUCAUUAUAGAUGUUUGCAUAUCACUUCCAUUCAUCAUAUACUCAUAUAUGUAGCAUGAUAACACAGGGCACGUGUAGGUUUUUUAUGGACCAUGCAAACUGUCUGUAUUUUGCCAGCAUUUCCAAAACUUAUAAAUUUGCUUGCCAUGUGUUGAUACAAUUUAAGUAAAGACGAGAUUUAAAUUCAUUGUAUGAAACACGUAUUUUGCAAACUAGUCAAUGCAUUUUACAACAAAACAUUAACGCCAUUUUAUUAUUAUUGUGUUGUCAUUAACUCACCAAUUAUUUAUAGAAAGACAAUCGUAUACCUUGCUUGCCAUGCAAGUACAUUCCUUCUUCAUCCCAAAAUGAUAUUAAAAACAAACAACAACUUCUGUUUUUAUCUGAGAUUAGACUUAAGGACAAUUGUUUUAGCCAUUUAAGAAUAUCUAAUUAAGUCCCUUUAAGUUGUUUUUACACAUAGAGCCUCGUUCUAGAAUUCUGCGAGUCACGUGAUGGCUUAUCAUGGGAAAAUAUCGCUGUAUUGCGAAAAGGGUCUAUUAUGAGUCCAUGGAAGCAUGGCAUUUGUUCUUUUGACUUAAAUUUUGUUUUCCAGGCAUAAUACUUCUUUAUUUAUGUAUAUUCCCAUCUCGAUGUCAUUGUGUAUUAUAUUUCAUUUCAUCUAAUCUAUUGUUGUCGUCAUGAUGUUAUUGUAUAUAUUAUAGUGAAUGUUAUUAUUAAAGAAAUUAUUUAAUAAACUCUAAAUGUGAUAA